AUUGCCAGGAAGUCAGUCGGUGAAGUUCGGAAGUCUUCGGUAAGCUUCGAAACGCAAAGAUGCAAUUCACCACGUGAUAUGGCAGUCUUCUUCCGUGACAAGGCGCUAACACAUUUGGCGGAAUCUAAAUAUCGAUUUGCCUCGUCUAGGAAUGAGAGUAGAAGCGUGUAUGCAAGACAAAGAGCAAAUCAACAUGGCCGCUACCACCCAAACCCAGUCGGCGAUCAUCGGCCAACCAGACGGGACCAAUGUGCUCUCGCGCUCGGCGCCGCUGCCGCCGGUGCCGCUCGAAGAUGACCAGGUCUCUGUGGCCGUCAAGGCCAUCGCGCUCAACCCGGUCGAUACAAAGAUGACGGGCGGUUACCACACGCCAGGCGCCGUGCUAGGGUGUGAGUUUGCGGGCGUGGUGACGAGCGUGGGGCCGGCCGCCGCGGCCGACUGGGGCCUAAAGGAGGGCGACCGCGUCAGCGCCGCCAUCAUGGGUAUGAACCCACUGCGGCCGCGCAUCGGCGCCUUCGCCGAGCACUCUGUUGCCCCUGCCCGUAUGACGCUCAAGAUGCGCGACGACUGGACCUUUGCGCAGGCUGCCGGCAUCGGCAUCGCCUGGUACACGGUUGCGUGGGCCCUUUUUCACGCCCUUGGCUUGCCCGCGGGGCCAAACCUCGCACCCUUGGAUGACCGCGUGCCGCGGCCGGUACUAGCCGGGCCCAAGAUGGCUAUCGACAACUUCAAACCCGGGGCCCAGCCGGCGACGGUGCUGGUCAGUGGCGGUUCCAGCUCGACGGGCACGUGCGCGAUCCAGAUGCUGAAGCUGGCCGGCUUCAAAGUGGUGGCGACGUGCUCAGCGCGCAACUUUGGGCUGGUACGGUCCUUCGGUGCCGACGCCGUCUUUGAGUACAGCUCGCCCACGUGCGCGUCCGACAUCCGGUCGUACACGUGCGUCAACGGGCUACGCCUGGCCCUUGACUGCAUCACCACGCCUGAUACUACGCGUCUGUGCUAUGCAGCGCUGGGCCGCGCAGGUGGCCGCUACGUCGCGCUCGACCCCUUUAGCCAGGCCGUGGCCGCCACCCGCGCUGCCAUUCAUCCGGACUGGGUCCUAGGGCCGGAGUUGAUCGGCGAGGAUGUUGCGUGGCCUGCGCCGCACGGCAGGAAGGCGAACCCUGUUGCCAAGGCGUUCUGCGAGGAGCGAGCCUUUGGUGUUCGACUGAAUACGAACCCCCAAGUCGUUCAGCUCGUUAAAAAUGCUGGGUUCGAUGCGCUUUUCAUCGAUUUAGAGCACUCAACGCUGUCCAUUGACGAUGCAAGCCGGCUGUCAUGUGCCGGGCUUCUCGGAGGGAUCACACCCUUCGUGCGAGUCCCAUACCAGUGCGGCAAUGGCUUCGUGCAGAGGGUCCUCGACGGCGGUGCGAUGGGCGUAAUAUUCCCACACAUACACUCAUCCCAGGACGCCAAAGCUGCCGUGUGCAUUUCGAAAUACCCAUCGUUGGGUAGCCGGUCGAUGACUGGCCAAUUGCCUGUCUUUUCGCUCAAGACAACAUUGCAGGAUCGAGUUAUUAAUGAAAGCAACGCAUCCGCAUCUUCGGUCAUCCUCAUGAUAGAGACCAAGGAUGCCAUCAAGAAUAUCCAUGAGAUCGCAGCGGUCGAUGGUGCCGACGUGCUCUUGGUCGGAUCUAACGACCUGGCGAUUGAGCUGGGCGUACCAGGUGGCUUCCAGACGUCGGUUUUCCGCUCAGCAUUGGAAUCGGUCAGCGAGGCUUGUCGGCGACAUGGCAAGAUAAUGGGAUUGGCUGGGAUAUACGACAAUUAUGAAAUCCAGAACUGGGCAAUCAACACGCUUUACAUCCGAUUCAUGCUGUGCCAACUAGACUCGGGAGUCAUUGCUAGCGGCGCUACAAAAUGUGCUGCUGCAGUGCCGAAGGUCCAAAAGGACAGCAGUGAGUGAAGAGGAAUAUAUUUUCCACGGG